GAUUGUGUUCGUCUCUCCACUUCCAACUACCUUCCUCGUUAUCAUUUUCAUCUCUCUCUUUGUCGGUUGAUUUAAGAUUUAGUUCAGCCUCAGUCUCUCUUUUAUUUCAGAUCAAUUACUAACAAUGAAUGGAGCUGCUCAGUCCAAUGUCCGUACACUUUCCGGUUUCAAUCCAACUUUUUUGGAUCAAUCCAAAACCUACGUCACUUGCUGUUCUUUAUCUAUUGGGGUUCAAUUAUGUUUCAGAACGGCCAAGAAACGGUGUCGUUAUCCUCAAUCUGUCCUCCUUUCUUGUAAAUCUUCUCGCCGAAGCUUCGUUGUCCGAUCCUCCAGUCACGCCGAUCAUCACGAUCACGACUUUCUCCCAGCCUCCCUCCUUGUACCAGAAACUGUGUUGCAUUAUCGUAUGCGAAGGCAAGGGUUUCUAGAAAAUAUCAAUUGGCAGAGUUCGAGUUCUAGUUCUAUUUCUAAUAAAUUGCUUCCGUUUCCUUUCCGAGCUAAGAUUUCGAGAGAUGAUGUCACUUCAAUUGGGCAACAUUUUCUUCGUCGAUUUCAAAGUCCCACCAUUUUUCUCAAGAUUUCUUGUGAUGGAGAUUUCUUGCUUCCGAUUAUUGUAGGGGAGUUUGCUGUUGAAAAAAUUUUAGAUGCAUUGUUGGGUGAAGAUAAUGGGGAUUGCCCGGAUCAGUUCCAGUUCGUGAAAAAUCUUGUGGAUGAACUUGGUUAUGAAGUAAAUAUGGUAAGAAUUACUGAAAGAGUGGUGAAUACUUACUUUGCGAAGUUGUCUCUUAGUAAGCCAGGGAAAAAUGAUAUUAUUAGUCUGGAUGUGCGACCCUCAGAUGCCAUCAAUGUAGCAAAUAGAUGCAAGGCUCCAAUAUAUGUAAGUAAAGAAAUUGUCUUGGCAGAUGCUAUAAGAAUUGGUUAUGGGACGGGCAGAGGGCGUGAUGCAAAACCUACUUAUGAUGUAUACCUUGACAGUGCCUCAGAAGGUCCAGAUUCAGUUGCCGAGGAACUUAAUCUUGUGAGGAAUAUGGAUAUAGCUGUCAAAGAGGAGAGGUACAAUGAUGCAGCCAUGUUGAGAGACAAAUUAACGGAGCUUCGCAAGUCUAGACAUUGAGUAGGCAAACUUUUAGGUCACUAAUACUUUCAAAUAUUUAUCAACUUGGGGGAUGACAGUAUGAGUACUCACCUGGAAGAGAAGUUUGAAAUCUUUCGGAAUAACACUUGGGUAGGAAUAUUCAAGUUAAAAGGAACAAGCUGAAAAUAAAGGCUUAUAUAAUGAUACUGCUCCUUCCAAGGAUUUUGGUAUGUACAGAUUCAAAUUUAGAAUGUUGCCAUAAUUGUAUAAACAGAAAAUCAUGUAUUAUAUCUUAAGUUUUUCAAAUCAUAAAGAUGAUCUAUUUUCUCUUGCACAGAGAUAAAAUGUUGACAUUGUGUCCACCAUUUGGUUUGUACAUAGUUCCACUUGUGUAAAACAGUAAGAAUAUCAUGUUUCGUGAUCUAAUGUACAUUGCUAAGUAUCUUUCUGUUAUAUUUCUAUGGUGAAUUACUAAAUAGGAUAUGGUC